GACUGUUUUAAAUAAGUACAGACUAACUAAUUGUAGACCAUUUCAGAUCAGUGUUCAGUGUUAACGUUACAAGAACUGCGGAUUGGCGAGGACGCUACAUUUUAAGGACUAUCUGAAGCGGGGCGUUUCAGCGAAAUUUUACCCUUGAAAAAUAAUUGGACUGGAUUGUUAAAACUUAAGAGUUCAGAAUGCCUCGGUCUUUCCUGGUAAAAAAGUAUUUCACCAGCAAGAGGCCAAACUACAGCGAGCUGGAAUGUCAGAACGAUACUCUGCCAGACAGAUACCCACUUGCAGAACUUCCAGCAGUCAGCAAUGACUUCCCAGUGACUUGCUUGACCACUGGACUGAUUUGGGAUGUCAGCUUGCUACCUUCCCUGCACAAUCCCACAUCCACAUCCACUAGCCAGGGCCCGCUGGACCUCAGCUCCCCGUCCAGCAGCGUCAGCUGCAGCAGCAGCGGAGAAGAAGAUGAAGGACGAACAUCAGACCCACCGAGCCCAGAUUCCUCAGACACCUACCACCCCCAACAGACCAGCAGGCCGAGACGCAACAACAAGAACAGGGCAGGACAGAGAGAGGACAAGAGCGAGGCCACCGUCCCAGUCACUCGACCGGCCUUCUUUUGCAAGCACUGUCCCAAAGAAUACAACAGUCUCGGUGCCCUAAAGAUGCACAUCCGCUCACACACUCUACCAUGCGUCUGUCCCACCUGUGGAAAGGCUUUCUCCCGACCCUGGCUGUUAAGAGGACACAUUCGCACACAUACAGGUGAGCGUCCAUUCUCCUGCCCACACUGUAACCGUGCCUUCGCAGACCGCUCUAACCUGCGUGCGCACCUGCAGACCCACGCAGAUGUGAAGAAAUACCAGUGCAACACCUGUUCUCGCACCUUCAGCCGCAUGUCCUUGCUGCAGAAACACAGCGCUGCCGGCUGCUGUCCCUCCACGGCCUGAGGACACCGGGAGACAUUUUAUUCUACUUCAGGACUCGGUGCCUUGUGAGAUAAUAAUGACCGUGCGCUUCUUCUCUCAACACCCGCGCAUAUAUGCAAUAUGCAACAGGAGAAGGAUGAUGCGGCAUUUAAGCAGACUUCUUAAACAUAACAUGGUCGAUACAUUUCCACAAUGCCACGUCAGACUUUUUUUUCUUAACCAAAAUACUUCAAAUGAAGGAAUUAUGAAUGUUAAAAGUAUAAUAGCUGUUCAGCUAGGAGUCCUGAAGCAGGGACAGCUGCUGUCAGGUUGGGGGUGGGCUCACUAGGGUAGGGUAUGUCUCUCAGCAUGACACACACACACACGCAAACAUAUGCACACAGACAGACAGCUGUUCUGUGGUGCGGAGGCAGUGUGCUAACAGGUGCCCUGGCCCUGACCGUCACAUCUCUCUGAUAACAGGUGGCGUCUGCCAAUUUCUCUAGAAACACACUUUGAGAGUCGUAAUGGACCACAGUUGACUGUGGUGUUGUUUUUUUGUUUUUAGUGGGUUGUAACCUGCAUGCCAUGGUUCUUCGCUUGUUUUUAUUGAUGUUUGUUCUUUUCACCACACAUAUUUUUUUUAGUUUUUUACUCUGUGUCCUUUAUCACUCCUUUUGUUGUACAGGGACUGAUUUUUAAAAUGCACUCCAGUUUACCAAAGAGUAUUGAAGUCCUGUCAUUGUGUACUAUUAAAACAAAUGAUUGGGCAUUUAAACCAAA